CUGAUCAUCAACCGGAAAUGGGGCAGUGAGCUGAGAAAGUUUUCUAUAUUUAUCUAUAGUGAGAGACGCUAGUUACAAACUGUAGUACACGGUGCUGUUGUGUGUGAAAGGGCACUUCAGUGUAUUGAGGGUGCAGUAGUGGCUAUGUUGAGAUGAUUCCUUCUGGGAUAUGAGUGAACCGGCUGUUACUCUGGGGUAGCUGCCUGCUCUGUGUUUCAGUUACCAGAUCUGUCGGAACAAUCAAGUAGAGAGACAAAACCUGUGCAUCUCGCAGAUUUAUUGAGGAGAUUUGCUUUUGUUUUAUAGACUUUACUGUUACUUCCUUACACCAUGCCUAUCCGAGGUCUGUGGCUGCUGAGCUAUAAACCAGGGCAAAGCGGCAUGGUGAGGUUCUCAAGACGUUAUCCUACUGUAGAAAAACGAGCCAAGACUUUGAACAAAGCAAGUUAUGUGAAUAUCCCAGAAGAUAGUGAUCUUCUGAAAUCAUUGCUUCACGAACUAGGACUGACUGAUGACAACAAAAACUUUGUGGAAUACAGAGAUAGUUGUUCACGAAUUUGCAAAACGAAUGUGCACACAGUGUCAGUAACUGAAGGAAAACUCUGGCCUGUCCUUGCUAUUCAAAAAGAUGACUUUAUUUACGUAUGUCUUCCGCUAGUGGAGCAGCCGUUAAAGCCGACUCCGCCGCUUAUAAGUAUUAAUAGCAUCUCAGAAGCGUUUGCACUUUUAUUGGGAAUGAUAUCGUUCAUGAAUUCAGGGCAGAACAGUGAAGCAGAUGUUGUAUCUAAACUAGGUCAGCUCCCUCUUUUACUUACACAGGCUUGUCCUCUGGGAUCACCUAUAGACACAAUCUUGCUUGCUUUAAGUGACAACCCAAACACUAUUCCUGUGUCCUCUCAGACAUACAAAUGCCCGGCAUGGAGAGCCACUCGACAGAAGGGUAAAGCACAGAUUGAGAUCAAUAUCACAGAAAAAGUGAAAUCCACUCAGUACAACAAGGGGGAUGAUAGUGAUAUGUGGCUGGUGAAUGGGACAGUGUCUUGUAAGUGCAAUUUGGAAGCAAUCACGCCAAAUGUGAUCGUCAGCUUGAAUCUUCCUGCAAACGGCUCUCCGCUUCAAGACAUCUUGGCCCAUCCCUGCGUGACAUCAGUUGAUUCUUCCAUGCUAAUCUCAAGCAGUGUGGCAGCUACAGAGGAUUCCGCCUUCAGUGGACCCUACAAAUUUCCUUUUAUACCUCCUCUAGAUUUGUUCCACUUAUGUUAUUACACAUCACAGAUUCCUGUGCCACCUAUUAUGGGGGCUUAUCAGUUGGUGGAAGACGGACAAAAUUUACAGUUAUCCGUAAAAUUAAAACUUCAUGAAAGUGUAAAGAAUGGAUUUGAUUAUUGUGAAGCUCAAAUCCCUUUUUUCAACAGAGGACAAAUCAAACAUUUUGAGUACAAAGUUAGUUAUGGCCAACUUGAAUUAUCCAGGGAAAAAAGUCUUUUGAUUUGGGUGAUUGGGCAGAAAUUUCCUAAAUCACUUGAUAUUUCACUUUCUGGAACAGUGACCUUCGGUUCCGAAAUUCAUCCAAAUGAUCCUGUAGACCCUAUUUGUGUUGGGAAUACCGCGUAUGUUAAGCUUUACUUUAGGAUCCCAGAAUACAGUCUUACAGGAUGUUAUGCCGACCAGCACUCGGUCCAGGUGUUUUCAUCGGCAAAGCCCAAAACAAUCACAUCUCGAGAGCUCAUUGCUUCUGACUAUUACAUCUGGAAUUCUAAGGCUCCAGCACCAGUUGUAUUCAGAUCUCUUGUUACAUGAACCUUCCUUUGGAUAUAUCUGAUGGAAAUAGAAAAUAAAGAAAUGAUGGGAUUAGUGUUAUUGUAAUUACUUUUGUAUGUGCAUUUAUUAUGUUAUUUUAUGGUUUUUAUCUUGUGAUUUUCAUUCUUUUUUUCAUGUUAAUCAUAGUGAACAUUUUUAAAAAUACAGGUUUGGAUCAACAGAGAUGGCAACUUGGAUGGAAUAUAAAAUGCCUUUUAAUUUAUAUUUGCACAGGGCUCGAAAAACCCAGGUGCCAUGGAGCCACUGACACCUUAAAAUUAGGCCCUGGCGCCCUGGAUAAUAGUCCCAAAACACCCAUGGUGCCUCCCAUUUGCCCUGCCAUCCGCUCCCACUGCACCUAAAAUUUAGCUUGUUGAGCCUGGAUUGUUUCUAGACCUUGCAGCUGUGAAAUACAAAUCCAACAUUUAUUGGGUUGUUACAUAGGGGCCUAUUUAUUAUUGUGCGAGCGGACAUGAUCCGAUAAUGUGGAUCAUGUCCGCUGCACAUCGAUAAAUAUUGUGGUUAAUUUAUCUAACUCCCCUAUUUCUGAUGAUGAAUCAUGUGUGUUAAACAGGGGUUUAUCUUUCUGCCCUCGUAAUGACUGCAAUUUCUUCCAAUUACACAAAGAUCUUUUUAGAUUUUUUAGAAACAUUCGUUUACAAACUCUUUGUUUUGAUAGGGAUAUGGGAACUACCAUUAAGACUGACAAUAAAUUGAAUUUAAAGAAAGUGGGUUUGAGAAACAAGAGUUCCUAUAUGCCUAAUCAAAACAAUCAUAGUGUUGAAACCUUUGUUAACUUGGUAUUACAUGACAUUGACUUAUUAAAACAUAAAUUGGAUAAACAGAAAAUUGCUAGUAAGGGCAAUGAUAAACGUUCCAAUAAGUUACAUACUAAUAAGAGUUGUACUGAUGUUGCUAUUAAACAUAACUUUUCUAAAAUAGACUUUGCAGCUUUAAAAUCUCUUCAAUCUAGGGAUAACGUCAUACUAAAAAGUGCUGAUAAAGGCGGAGCCAUUGUCAUUUUAGACAAGGAAUACUACAUUAACGAAAUUAAAAGCCAAUUAAAUAACACCUGUAUAUAGAAGGUUAUCUAACAAUCCAAUUUUUUUAAUACAGAAAGAACUUGGUACAAUAUUGCUAAAUGUGGUAAAUAAUGGGAUUAUUGAUAAAGAACUAGCAAAAGUUUUGGAAAUUAAACACCCCAAAACCCAUGUGAUUUAUGCUCUACCCAAAAUCCAUAAAAACUAUAGGGAACCUCCGGGCCCCCCCAUAGUAUCUAGUAUAGGUUCUGUGUCUUCUAAUAUAUCAAUUUAUUUAGACAAAAUUUUGAGACCUUUUGUUGAAAAUUCAAAUUAAUUUCUUAAGGACACCAGUGACUUUUUACUAAAAAUUGAGGCAUUGGGGUUGGGUAAAUUUCUACUUUUUAGCCUAGAUGUUGAAAGCUUGUAUACAUCGAUUACCCAUGUAAGUGGUGUGGGGGCUGUUAAAUAUGCUUUAAGUAAUAGUGGAGAUUUUUUUAGUGCUCAAACCGAUUUUCUUAUUUUACUAUUGGAAUUUGUUCUUUAUUAUAAUUACUUUUUAUUUCAGGGUAAAUACUUUUUACAGAUACAGGGUACUGCUAUGGGUUCCAACGUUGCCCCCAAUUAUGCUAACUUGCUAAUGAAUCUAUUUGAACAAAAAUUUGUUUUUGCCAAUUUGGACUUCAUUCAAUGUGGCGCUACAUUGAUGAUGUCUUUGGCAUUUGGUUGGGCGAUGUUGGAACCCUGGUUUCUUUUGUUAAUGAUCUGAACAGUUCUACUACCCAUUUAAAAUUUACCCUCACUUACAGUGAAGAGGAGUUAAAAGAAAAUUAUUAAGGUUGGAGAUUCCCUUAAGGUUGACCUGUUUCGGAAACCGACUGACCGCAAUAGCAUACUACAUUUCGAUAGUGCCCAUCCAUUAGCUCUCUUAAAAGCAUUACCUAGAAGUCAGCUAUUAAGAGUUCGACGCAUUGUAACUGAUGAAGCUUUAUUUGAUCUUAGAUUGAGGAAAUGAUUCCCUUAAGGUUGACCUGUUUAGGGAACCGACUGACCGCCCUAGCAUACUACAUUUCGAUAGUGCCCAUCCAUUAGCUCUCUUAAAAGCAUUACCUAGAAGUCAGCUAUUAAGAGUUCGACGCAUUGUAACUGAUGAAGCUUUAUUUGAUCUUAGAUUGAGGGAAAUGAGGGACUGCUUCAUUGAGAGAGGCUACCCUCUGACUCUAAUUGAAAAAGAAUUGGAUCCUAUAUUGUGCAUUCCAAGAGAGAGCCUUUUGAGCUUCUAAAAAGAAAAAAAGUGUAAGAUUCACCGGAUGGUCUUUGUCUCUGAGUUUAACUCCCAAAGCCACUUAAUUCAAAAUAUUAUCAGAAAACAUUGGGGCAUUUUGAAAAAGUGUAAUCCUAACAUACUUGAGUUUGUUGAUAUGCCUAUGCCAGCAUUUAGAAGAGGGGUUAAUAUCCAUCAAAAAUUAAUUAAAUCUGAUAUUGGGGCUGUAAAAGCUCUUGAUAAGCAAAGAUAUCUAACAGAUAAGAAUAAUGGAUGCUUUCCCUUUCUUGGUUGUUCUUGUUGUGGGAAUAUGACUAAAGGGUCAUCUUUUUUCCAUCCCAAAUCUGGUAAAAAGUACACCAUCAAGGGCUUCCACACUUGUAAUACCCAAUAUGUUAUAUACCUUGUCAAAUGCCCUUGUGGGCGGGGCUAUGUGGGGGAGACCACUAGAUAUAUCAGAGAUAGAAUUAUUGAACACAAGAGUUCAGUUAGGAAUAAUUUACUUGCCCUUGUCUCCUGUCAUGUUUCAAGAAUGGGACAUGCCAUGGGCGGGGCUAUGUGGGGGAGACCACUAGAUAUAUCAGAGAUAGAAUUAUUGAACUCAAGAGUUCAGUUAGGAAUAAUUUACUUGCCCUUGUCUCCUGUCAUGUUUCAAGAAUGGGACAUGCCGUCAAUCAGUUACGUUUUCAGAUUAUUGAAUUUGUUCCCAGACCAAGGAGGGAAGGGGACAGAAAUGUAUUAUUAAAACAAAGGGAAUGCUUUUAGAUUUUCGAACUAGGCACUAUGGAACCGGAUGGUAUGAACAGGGAUUGGGAUCUUUCUGUAUUUCUAUAAAUAUAAAGACAUAAAAUAAUUUCAGUUUUUGUUUUUGAGAGUGUAGGUGCUGACUUGAGAGUACUUCUAGUAAUGUUUUUUGUAUUUCCGUUAAUUUUAAGGAUAUAAUAAAUUAAGUAAUAUUUGCAUUUGCUUUUGAUUCUUGGUAAUGUUUUUACAACACUGUUUCAGAAAUAGUUUAACAUUGAAUGCAUGAAAUGGUUAAUUUUGUGAAUACUCUUGGCUGCCCCCUUGUGGCGGUAGGGUAUAUAAGGAUACUCUAUAUCAGUGUUUUUUAUUGCAUGAUUAAGGGAGGUGUGCUCCCGAAACGUUGCUGUUCUUUAUGUGCUAAAUAAAUAUUUGUAUACCA